ACUUUCUCUCUCAAGCCGCCAUGGAUAACAAAAACCAGAGCAAACUCAAGCUUCGAAUCUUUCGAAUGUUCAGUUCAUCAUUCGGAUCUUGUAAAUCCAAAAACAUAACCGACGUCGUUCAACGCCCACCGCCGCCUCCGCCGCCACCCACCGUCGUUCAUCACCGACGACAUCGUCAGUUAUUCGAACCCAUUUCUCCAAAACCCAAACCUUUCCCAUUAACCCAUCAGAAAAAAUGGUCAAAAGUUGUGGAAACCGUUGAUCAAAACUGUUCUUCAUCGAAAGACAGAAUCUUUUACCGCAAAAAAGUCAUGAAUCGCAAAAGGAAACCUACCCGUCUAAGAAAGAAAGAAACAUUUGAUUCAUACUAUGAAUUCUUCAGCAGUGAUGAUGAGGAUGAAGAAGAUGAUCGUACAACACUGUUCUCAUCGAAAUCUCUGUCGUCUGAUUCUUCAGAAAACAGGAGAGGAAUUGGAAGUCACCGGAGGAGGAGGAGGAAGGCGGCGCCGGCGCCGGCGAAGGGGAAUAUGAAACUGAAAGAAAGUACGGCGGUGGCGAAGAGAUCGCGCGAUCCAUACAGCGAUUUCAGAAAUUCAAUGGUGGAAAUGAUUGUGGAAAAACAGAUAUUUGCUGAGAAUGAUCUUGAGAAUCUUUUACAGAUGUUUCUUGAUUUGAAUUCUAGCCGUCAUCAUAGAGUUAUUGUUGAAGUUUACACUGAUAUUUGGGAAGCUCUGUUUUCUGAUCGGUGUUAAGUAGUAUGCAAUUUUAGGGUUCUUAAUGAUGUCUUAUUUGCUUUGUUCUUGUUUUCUAUCUGUUAACAUUGGCUUAAUGACAUUUUAUUUAGUAAAGUUUAA